UAUUGUCGUGGCCAACUGUUUGGCAUAUAUUUAACUGUGACGGUCGGUGGCUUUAGUUCGCUACGAGGUUAAAAAUGUUGCUUGGCUUGAAAGCGAGCCGACGGCUUCUGUCUCACCGACAUUGCUUCCAGCAGUAUCGCAGCAUUAAAUCAGAAAACACCGCCAGAAGUGCUCCUCUGGACAGCGUGCUCUCUGCAUUCAGGUCUAUAUGUGGGGAGGACGGCGUCUCAUUGGGUGAAGCUGUCAAAGAGCAACACGGCAAAGAUGAGUCUAUGCACAGAUGUUGUCCCCCAGAUGUGGUGUUGUUUCCUCGUUGUGUGGAGGAAGUCAGCGCCCUGGCCAAGAUCUGCAACCACCACCACCUUCCCAUCAUCCCCUUUGGCACUGGAACCGGCCUGGAGGGAGGAGUCUGUGCAGUCAAGGGUGGUGUGUGCUUCAGUCUCAGGAACAUGGAGCAGGUUCUGGAACUCCACCCGGAGGACUUUGACGUGACAGUGGAGCCUGGUGUGACUCGGAAGGCCCUCAACACCUACCUGCGAGACACCGGCCUGUGGUUUCCUGUUGAUCCAGGCGCUGAUGCGUCUCUGUGUGGCAUGGCUGCCACUAGUGCGUCUGGCACCAAUGCAGUGCGCUAUGGAACAAUGAGGGAAAACGUUUUAAACCUGGAGGUUGUGCUGGCUGAUGGGACUGUCCUACACACGGCUGGGAAAGGCCGACGUCCCAGGAAGACAGCAGCUGGCUACAACCUGACGAACCUGUUUGUGGGGUCGGAGGGCACCCUGGGGAUCAUCACCAAGACAACCUUGCGCCUGUACGGCAUCCCUGAGUCCAUGGUGUCGGCCGUCUGCUCUUUUCCCUCAGUCCAGGCUGCUGUAGACAGCACAGUGCAGAUUCUACAAGCAGGAGUACCCAUCGCCCGCAUCGAGUUUCUGGACGAUGUGAUGAUCGAUGCGUGCAACAGGUUCAGCUCUCUGUCCUACCCUGUGACCCCGACUCUGUUCCUGGAGUUCCACGGCUCUGAGCGAAGCCUCGAGGAACAGGUCCACACAGCCGAGGACAUCACUCAGAGUAAUGGUGGUUCCGAUUUUCAAUGGGCCAAAGAUGCAGAAACACGGAACCGCUUGUGGAAAGCUCGUCAUGACGCCUGGUAUGCUGCUCUGGCUCUCAGACCCGGUUGCAAGGCUUACGCUACAGAUGUGUGUGUCCCACUGUCUCGCCUGCCUCAGAUCAUCGUGGAGACAAAGGAGGACCUGAUUGAGAACAGACUGACAGGUCCUAUAGCGGGUCAUGUGGGGGAUGGUAACUUCCACUGUCUCAUGGUGGUGGAGCCCAAUGACCCUGCGGAGCUGCGCAGGGUCCACCUCUUCACUGAGAGACUGGCCAGGCGAGCCCUGGCCAUGGACGGGACAUGUACAGGGGAGCACGGCGUGGGCUUAGGAAAGAGAGCACUGCUGUGUGAGGAGAUAGGACCAGAGGCUGUCCGGGUCAUGCAGGGUCUCAAGGACACCCUCGACACAAAGAAUCUGAUGAACCCUGGGAAGAUACUGCAGCCGAGGGAACAAUAACCAGUAUUGGAGUCUGAGGCAAAGUCACUAAACACAGAAUGUCAUCAUGAUCUGCUCACUGUUCAUGGCUUAGUGAGAGACUGUCACAAUGAAAUGGCUUUUUUUUUAGCAUAUUGCACAAGAAGUAUUUCCUGUUAAAACAGGACGUCUUCAGUUCCUCAGUUUCUACAGACUGCUUCCUUAGACUCGUUUUCGUGUCUCAAACACUAAGUAGACCAAGUUAAUUUUCCACUUUGUACUUGAUGUAUCAGGCUUUCUCUUGACAUAACAUGGAAAAUGUAUAAAGCAAUUAUUUUUUCGUUAUAAUGGCAGCAAACAAGCCGUGUGGAUAAUUAGUCUGCUCUCACCUCCAGUAUGUACCUGAGUGUUGCUCUCUAUGACCUCGUUCUACUCAUCAGCAUUUUUAGGAUAGAAAGUGGAAGGUGACACAGCAGUAAAUUGUGACAUUUGUCCAUCUUGGCGUCAGAUCAGCGGCAUUGCGGCGUGUUGAUUUUGAAUUAUUAGAGUUCCACUUAACCUCCCUGUAGCAGUAAAAUAUAUAAUAUUGCUGAAUGGUUGUAAGACAUAAUUGCUUCUAUUUUUUUGCAAGACAAACAAUACUUUGGCGUGAUUUGGCUUCUUUCUGAUGGGACAAGCUGUCACUUUGCUUUUACAUCAUGCUCCCAUGGACAUUGAACUGGACAGAAACGGGAUGUGCUGAGCAAGCAUUUAGCCUGUAUGUUUGUAUUAACUUGAUUCAGUCCUGUCACAGUGAAGUAAUACUGUGCUGCACCACAGAGUGUCAGUAGUGCAUGCCUCAGCGCAGACUGUGGAGCAAACCUGCAGUGUCCUAAAGAAGGAUACAAAGAAAAGGCUGCUAACUCAUAUCUGCCUGUAAAUAUAAUGCUCAUAGCUCUCAGCCAUUAACUGAACAUUAAGAGCACAAUAACUAGUCCAUGCACACUACGAUACAUUAAAGUCUAUUUAAUUCAA